AUCCCCCGUGUAAGAGUGAGGUGGAGGAGGACAUUCCAGGAGAUGUCACCACAGAAAAGCCCAGUAGAAACCCAGAAGGAAACUUCAUGUUAAAUUAUAAAGAAGAAGAUAUCAUGCAGCGCUCUUCAGGGGAAAACCUAAUUUCCUGUAAAGUACUUCCAGGAGAUCACAGUACAGAUCUAUUGUAUAAUCUCCCUAAAUCUGAGGAACCUUCUCCCGACUUGCAGAUUGUUACCAUGGCUCCAGAUCUAUCAUAUAAUCCUCUUAAUCAUGAGGAACCUUUUCCUGACCAAUCACAGAUUGCUACUACAAGUACUGAGCAGAAAGGGGGUAAAAUGUUUAACUGCAGUGAAUGUGGAAAACAGUUUGCUUACAGCUCCGGUCUUUGUAGACAUAGACGAAUUCACACAGGAGAGAAGACAUACUCAUGUUCACUAUGUAGGAAAUGUUUUUUAAAUAAAUCAGAUCUUGUUAGACAUGAGAGAAGUCACACAGGAGAGAAGCCAUAUUCAUGCUCUGAAUGUGGGAAAUGUUUCACUGAAAAAUCAGCUCUUGUUAAUCAUGAGAGAAUUCACACAGGAGAAAAGCCAUUUUCAUGUUUACAAUGUGGGAAGUGCUUCACAGAAAAAUCAAAUCUCAUAACCCAUCAGAGAAUGCACAGAGGAGAGAAACCAUAUCCAUGUUCAGUAUGUGGGAAAUGUUUUACAGGUAAAUCAAAUCUUAAUCGGCAUAAGAGAAUUCACACAGGAGAGAAGCCGUAUUCUUGUUCAGAAUGUGGGAAAUGUUUCAAAGAAAAAUCAGGUCUCUUAACACAUGAGUUAACUCACACAGGUGUGAGGUCAUUUUCAUGUUCAGAAUGUGGGAAAUACUUUACAAAUAAAUCAAAUCUUCUUAUACAUCAGAGAAUUCACAGAGGAGAGAAGCCAUAUUCGUGUUCAGAAUGUGGGAAAUGUUUCACAGUGAUAUCAAAUCUCCUUACACAUCAGAGAAGUCACACAGGAGAGAAGCCGUAUUCAUGCUCAGAAUGUGAGAAAUGUUUCAUAAAUAAAUCAAAUCUUAUUAUACAUGAGAGAAGUCACACAGGAGAGAAACCAUAUUUUUGUUCAGAAUGUGGGAAAUGUUUUACAAACAAAUCAAAUCUUAGCAAGCAUGAAAGAAUUCACACAGGAGAGAAGCCAUUUUCAUGUUCAGUAUGUGGCAAAUGUUUUACAAAUAAAUCCGAUCUUUUUAAACAUGAGAGAAUUCACACAGGAGAAAAGUCAUAUUCAUGUUCAGAAUCGGCAUUGAAAGUCUCUGAAAAACACCUGGGAGACUUCACACAGCGGCGGUGA